UGGAAACUGCCGGUGGCGGCCGAGGGAGGAGCCAGUAGGCGGGGCGGCGGGGAGCGAGCUAGGCAGGAGCCAGAGAAAGAAAGAGACGCGUGAGCGCUUGCAGCGCAGAGGACAAAGAGAGAGCUCGGCACCGCCCGCGUGGAGGCUGCGGCGGCGGGCCAUGGGCAAGGCGAGAGCGAGCCAGCGUGCCGGCCCCCGCGCUCCCUAAUCUCUGCUAGGUUGCGUGCCUGCCGCGCUGGUCUGAAGGCUGGGGGAUGGCUCUGCCGCCAUCCAGAUAUGGGGCUCCUACGAGCAGUCCCUGAUUUCGGCGCUGGAAGAAACGAGAAAGUGUUCCUGUCAGCACUGCCAUUGGUUCCCCAAAGCCCUAACCUAGCAAUGGGAAGAAGUUGGGCUGGGUGCUGGUGUUACUGGUCGUGUCACCCCAAGUAUCCAAGAACUUGGGCAGUUGAGGAAAAGAGCAAAGGUCGUGCCCACGAACUUUCCCAGCAUUCUCCUUUCCUCCAUCGGGUUCCUUUAGGGGCCAGAACUCUUCCUUCUUCGUGAAAGGCCCAAGUUGGUCAUCGCAUCUGGUGAACCAUUUCCAUGGCAACCGCUGCCGAGGGCUUACAGGAGACUGUGUGACUGAAAGGGCUGCAGCGCUCAGACCUCAGCUCCCAGUGGCGCUGCCCUAGACUGAGGUAGCACCAACAGGGGCAACUGGAUCUCCGGUCUGUGCCAUAUUUGGAAGGGGUGACACAGGACCAGGAAGGCAGAGGGACAGUUAUGGCCCUGUCAGCAUGAGUGGGUUGCAAGGAAGGCAGAGACAAUUUCGUCAGCAGAAGUAAGCCUUUCCUUGCCUCUUUGCAGAAGAGACCUGAAAAAGUGGGACCUCCCUUUCCCUUCUCUGCCUCCCGUCCAAGCUGGACCUAAGAAGGACUUUUAAUUCAGAGCCUGUGAAGAGAAAUCCCUGAGGCCGUACCCCCGUUCCCGGAGUAAAGAUGGUGAUGUCCCACGGCACCUACACCUUCCUCACCUGCUUUGCUGGCUUCUGGCUUAUCUGGGGGCUCAUUGUGUUGCUGUGUUGCUUCUGCAGCUACCUGCGACGACGCAUGAAACGGCGACAGGAGGAGCGGCUGCGGGAGCAGCACCUGCGCACAUUGGAAAUGGAGCCCUUGCACUAUGAGGGCUAUGGGGGCCCUGCCUAUGGGGGCCCUGCCUAUGGAGGAGGUUACAUCAGAAGCCCACCAGGCAUUCCUGUGCCCCACCGACUCCGCAUUGAGCCCCACCACCCUCACCUCCCACCCCCAAGGCCUUGGAGCUGUAGGCAUGAGCCAGAUCCAUCUAAGCCUCCAUGCUAUGAGGAAGCAGUGCUGAUGGCUGAGCCACCACCACCGUAUAGCGAAGUACUGACAGACACACGUGGCUUGUAUCGCAAGAUCAACGCCCCCUUCCUGGGCCACGAGCAGCCAGAGAAGCAGGAGCAGCCGCCCAGCUAUAAGCCCCUUUUCCUGGAUCGGGGCUAUGGCUCAGCCCUCCACCUGCCAAGCUCAGCGGGCCAGGGCCCCACCUGCGCCAGCCUCUACUUGGAGUCAGAGCACUCACAACGUAUCUUCCCAAGCUGGACAGACUCUGAACUCAGCACCAGAGACAGCUAUGAGCCUGGGCCCUGGCAUCUGCCUGUCUCAAUGCCUUUAUUUGGCAGGACUACGGCAGUGUAGCAUGCCAUAUGGUGACCUGCGUGGGACUCUGGUUGCUGCAUGGAUCUGAGCAGCCUGUUCCCUCGGCCUGUGGGAGCCGCCAGGUCCCUUAGUCCAAGCCUUCCAGACAUGUCUGGGCCACAGUCUUCACAGUGCAAAGAUCCCAGUUGCAACUGACCUCUUGGCCAGGGCGAGCUUGGGGCUGGUCUCCCCAUCUCAUCCACUUCCCUUUUUCUGGGCCCACUACUGGCUCUGUUGGUGCUGACUGUAAGGGGGGCCUCUGGCUUGGCCUAAACUUUGUUUCCUAUCUUUUGUUUGUUACAUUUUGACAACAAUAAAGUUUGUGGAACCUGAUUUAUUACAAA